AUGGCCGCCGAGAAGCCUGACAAGAAGGAGAAGAAGGACAAGAAGCGCUCCGUGUCCGACGGUGCCAUCUCCAAGUCCAAGAAAGACAAGAAGGAUAAGAAGGAUAAGAAGGAGAAGCUCGAGCGCGCCCUCGAUGAGCACCUUCAGGCUGACGUCGCUGCCACUGCUGUUGCCAGCGGUGACAUUGCAACCAAGGCCGCCGAUGGCCUCCCCGUCGUCGGCGCCCUCGUGCCCUUCGCCGUGCCAUUGGCCGACGAGAAGGCCAUGAAGAAGGUUAUGAAGACCAUUCGCAAGGCCGCCAAGAACAACACCCUGAAGCGUGGUGUUAAGGAGGUUGUCAAGACUCUCCGCAAGUCCCCUGCUUCCGGCCCCAGCAACACUUCUUUCCCUGGCGUCGUUGUCAUUGCUGGCGACAUCUCCCCCAUGGACGUUAUCUCUCACAUCCCCGUUCUCUGCGAGGACCACAAUGUUCCCUACAUCUUCGUCACCUCCCGUGCCGAGCUCGGUGCUGCCGCUAAGACUAAGCGACCUACCUCCGUUGUCAUGAUCACCGAGAAGCGUUCCGCCGCCGAUGCUAAGAAGGCGGAGAAGAAGUCUGCGGAUGCUGACGACGAGGAUGACGGCGAGGAUUACUCCGAGGUCUACUCUGCUCUCGUCAAGCUUGUGCAGAAGGAGACGGCGAAGCAGUCUUUCUGGUCAUAA